AUGCCGCCUCCAACACUCCCACCACCCUCAACCCACCCUCACUCUCAUGUCGAGCACCUGAAGCUCGAACCAUUGACGCCGUCGUCCUUUGCCGAGUUCGGCACAGCGAUAUCUUCCCCCUUCCCACCCACUCUCACCCAUCCACCCAGGACGGCCGAGACAAUUCCUCCUCCUCUCCACGCACCGCAUCAACCCACCGCGGUACUGGCGAACCAGAACUCCGCCCUGAAAACGUCCCCGAUUUCGCUAUUCGUCGACAAUUACCCCGUCCGCCCACCGACCACUCCGCGCUCGACGCCUCAAAUGAGCAUGUUCUCCUGUUUCCCGCGGAAUCUGAGCGGGAUCGGGAUCGACACGACCCCCAGCUCCAGCUCCAGCUCCGGAGGGUUAGCAUUCAAAGCCGACAUUCUGGAACGCCAUCCGUAUACGACGCAGACGUUCGCGCCCUUGGGCCUGUCCGCCGGCGAAAGCGACAAGGGGAGUGUGUUCUUGGUCGUUGUGGCGCCGUCGCUGCCCGGCUCCGUCAAAGCAACGUUCCCUGAUGGAACAUCGAAAGUCGUGACUAAGCCGCCCGAUUUGUCUCGGCUGCGUGCGUUCGUCGCGAGGGGAGAUCAGGCGGUCACGUACGCGGCGGGGACGUGGCAUGCGCCUAUGGUCGUGUUGGGCCAGAAGAGGGUGGACUUUCUCGUCACGCAGUUUGUGAAUAAAGUCGCGGAGGAUGAUUGCCAGGAGGUGCUGCUGGGGAGCAAUAGUCUGCGUGUGGAUCUGAAGGGGUUGGGUCUGCAGGAUGAGAAGAGUGGGACGGCAAAGCUGUGA